GUGGGUGCGGGCGCCCCGCAGGCGCGCUGGGGGUGAUGCUGGGCUGCUGCUACCGGCUGAGCGCCGUGGCCUUCCUGGCGCCAUAUUGGUACGUGCUGCUGCUGGACAAGGCCAGCUGGGAACAAACCCACUCCUACCUGUACGGCCUGCUGGCGUUCCAGCUGGCGCUGCUGGGCGCCGACCGAUACGGCUCCAUCGACGGCCUCUUCCGCCCGCAGAAGCGCAACGCCCACGUCCCCCUCUGGAACUACACCCUGCUGCGUGCCCAGAUCUUCAUCGUCUACUUCAUCGCGGGGCUGAAGAAGUUGGAUGCUGACUGGGUGGGUGGGUACUCCAUGGGGUCACUGGCACGGCACUGGCUCUUCUCCCCAUUUCAGUGAGUGGGGUGGGGUGGG